AUUUAGGGGGAAGAAAGAAAGAAACAAAGUUGUCGACCGUGCUGUGCACACGGGGAAGGGUUUUACUUCUCCCGUGCGGCUCGCUCGGUUCAGCGUUGGCCCCGCCGGGAUGAAACUCUAACCUGGACUCGGUUUCCAUAAUUUCCUACUCUCUCCACAAACUUCUCCGCUACUAUUUUUUUUUAAACCGAGUCAAGACAGCGUUUCUCUUUGAAAACGGGAAUGAAAGAGCCGAGGACGGACGGAGGAGGUGUCGAGCGCCGUGCGUUUUCUCUCCCUGUGCGUGGACCCCGCAAGUUUACCAUGUCAUUUUAACUUUUUUCUGAACUUCUUCCGUCGAGAGAUGAAUGGCAGAAGUCGGGUGAGUCGACUCUGUGUGCACAAACGGAUUUAUUUUCUUGUCUACACUGGACCCACAUGAAGUAGUCACACUUUCUGCUCACUAAACCUCUCGGCAUUGUGUUGCGAGAGGAAAAAAACAAAAAAACGACGAAUUAAGGGUCAGCUAAUUUCACUGGAUAAUCCAUAAUUUUGCAAGCGAACAUUACUAAAGAACAGUUCAACCAAACGAGAAGAUGCAGGUGUGGAGCCACAUGAGGGGCCACAAAGGAGGCCCUCCGCGACCAUAGGUCACAUCAAGUGUCCUGGAUGUUACGUGCCUCCUGUUUAUUCUCGCCACUGCUUUGUCGGAUUGACUUGAACUGGUAGGGAUUGUCCAAUAAUCCAAUGGAUUCUUGCUCACCACUGCCUACCUGUCCAUGUGGGUUUUCCACAUGAGGGCACAGCAGAUGACUCAGUGGACUUAAGUCAUGUAACCACCCUGAGAUGUCUUAAACCUUUUAUUUAUCUGCUUUGUAUUUAUUGUGUAUAUAUAUAUAGACAGGGCUCUUUUUUUAUUCCUCCGUUCAUUUCAAGACAGUUUUGUCCUUUUUUAUUUGUUAGAACAGUUUCUAAUUGCUGACAUUUCAACUGCUGUAGUGAACCCUGCUCUGUAGACUUACUUGAACAUCACCGUUCUGCUGUAUAUCUGCUCUACACUGUAUCUGAGGACAUUGACUCACGGGGUUAGCUGUAAAAUCAAAAAGCAAAAAAACUUGACUUUGCUUUGAUAGAAAAAGAGUAGGCCUCAUCAUGGACCGGCCAAUAAGCAAGUUAUUGGAAAAGUUAAAGUUGACGGACUCGGGCAGUGUGAAAUUCAACAGUUCGAAGAAAAAACAUGAUUCGGCCAGCACCUCAAAUAACAGCAACGGCAACAUUGCCAUCUCUGGAGGCAGCGGUGGGGGCAGCGGUCUGCCACCAGCUCCCAGCUCUGCAGCUGCCUCGCCCUCAAGACCCGGCCAGUUCUCGCUUGCCUCUGCAACCGCAGCCGAGGCAUGUGUUCCAGUGAGUGGGAGAGGAGCAGGAGGAGGUGGAGGGAUAGGAGUGCCCUCCACUCAGCUCCUCAGCACACCUCCUGCCUCCUCCACGGUGGGUGCUGUACCUUCCGAUGCCGAGCAGCCGCUCCACCCCGUCACCUUAGCCCCGCUGAGGCGCCGCUCCCCCCAGCAGCGCGCCUCCUGCUACCUGGGCGAAGGUGUUGACUCCCACAUGAGGCGUGAGUCUGGUCUGGGCCCUGAGUGUGACCCCCUGGGAGCGUUUGGCUCCAAGGCGUCUCUGAACCAGCGGCGCUACUCCCUGGAGCUCCAGCAGCUGGUGAGACGGCAGCAGCUCCUCUCCCAGCCUCCGCCGCUCUCUGUGCCCCCGCCGUACCCGACCGCCACAGGCUAUGGAUCGGCUUCACGGGCCGGUGGAGGUGGCGUGGCCGAGGCGGGCUACCUCUCUGAGCCGGAGAGGCACAAACGCCUCUCCCUCCAGGAGGCUUUGCUGUACAAGCGUCUGAGCACGGGCAGCGAGCUGUGGGAGAGCACCAGGCCAGCUUCUCUCUCUCAUCCACCACACCGACCCUCUGAUGUGACCGGAGGAGGAGGAGGAGGCUUCUUCUACCCACCAGGCCCGACCCUGAGCCCCUGCUCCUCGUUCAGCCUCCAGGAGUCGGUGCUGGUCAGCCCCAGGUCCAGCUUUGCCUCCAGCACGGCCAGCGGAGGCGGAGGAGGGAGUCCCAUGGGGAGUCGCUGCAGCAGCAACCGAACAAGCGGCAUCAGCCUGGGCUACGACUCCCGCUACUCAGCCUCCGGAGGCCUCCCUCCACAGCAGUCGUUCACCUCCCUGCAGACAGGGGGCUCCACUGGUGGCUACGCAGGUCCAAGCAGGGCUGGGGUGCUCACAGCUGAAGCUUGGACUCAUUACCUGGAGGGAGGGGUGCCGCCAGGUGCCCAUGACACCAGGCACUCGUACCCACCAGCAGUGGGAAGCCCAGCGGCUGCGUGCUACCAGGCCGGUCCAGAGUGGUGGGAAGAGCAGCGGGCCCGAGGGGAGGAGGGGUGUGUGACAGGAGAGAGGGCCCGCUACUCCGACCUGCCAGGCACCCGCUACCAGGAGGAGCUGACCAGGCUUCUGCUGAGAGACGCGGAGGUGGAAGGGGAGGGGCUCCUGGGGGGCCUGAUGCUGAAAGAGCAGCCCCCUCCUGUAAAAACUCUCCCCAAAUCGGCCACGACGACGGUUGUGUCCGCUGGGACCACAGGGCCGCUGAAAACGCAGGAGGGUCCAGGAGUCUGCGCCGGAAGGGAGGCCACAGAGAACCGCCAGGAGUUCUUUGGAACCUGCGUGAAGUGUGGGAAAGGCGUGUACGGGGCGGACAACGCCUGCCAGGCUCUGGACAGCCUCUAUCACACCCGCUGCUUCACCUGUGUGUCCUGCGGACGCACCCUGAGAAACAAGGACUUCUACAAUGUUAACGGCUCUGUGUACUGUAAAGAGGAUUACAUGUUUUCAGGUUUCCAGGCUGCUGCUGAGAAGUGUAGCGUGUGCGGCCACCUUAUUCUGGAACAGAUCCUGCAGGCUCUUGGGAACUCGUACCACCCCGGCUGUUUCCGCUGCGUGGUGUGCUCCAAGGCUCUGGACGGGGUGCCGUUCACCGUCGACCACCACAGCAACAUCUACUGCGUGGCCGACUACAACAAGACUUUUGCCCCGAAGUGCGCUGCCUGUUUACAACCCAUCUUACCUGCUGAGGGCAGUGAGGAGAUCCUCAGGGUCGUGUCCAUGAACAAGGACUAUCACUUUGAGUGCUAUCACUGCGAGGAGUGUGGGAAGCAGCUGUCCGAUAAGCCGGGCUCCCAGUGCUUCCCUCUGGACUCUCAUCUCCUCUGCCACUCCUGUCACAUGACCCGAGUGUGCACCACACACAACAUUCCCCCUCACAACACACACUGAUCGACCUCCCUAUGCAGCUAUGUACAUGAGAAGAAAAAAAAAUGGUCGUAUUCGCAGUCAGUUAUCCCUCCUCCUCCUCCUCCUCGCUCUUACGCUUUCCCUCAGUCACACACACACAUUUUGUUUUUCCUCAUGAAAUCUGCUAAUCAAACAUUUUCACUGGUUCACUUUCAACUUUGCAGACAUCUACUUGGAUCAGUCCUUUUAUCAGAUGUAUUGCCUGCUGUAAUUUUCAUACUAUUACUGUAUCAUAGUUAUGAGGGAAUGGGCAACAAACUACUGCUUUUUUUU